AUGAGCGAUCGGGCGCCAAAGGUACAGGCCUGCGAUGGCUGUCGGACUCGGAAGGUCAGGUGCAACGGCCGGCAGCCGUGUCCGCAAUGCGAACACUUCAACCUGUCCUGCACGUUCUCACCAAGGAAAGAGCGCACGCAUGGCCGACGUGGUCGCCUGGUCGCUCAGUUGAGAAACGGGGGUAGCGGUAAACAACCGAGGCCUGGCUCAAACUCGGCAUGGCCUCCACUUCGUCCACGCGGCUCAGGCGACGUACAAGAAGAAACAUCCAACAUUUCCUCCAUCCCGACUUCCACACCCCCACCACAACAUAACAGAGAUAUCGGAGACGACUCUGCAAUUGGGUCACAUAUUAAAGGCCAUGGUUUAUAUGCAACAACGGUGAGCAAGGGGGCUUCGUCGCCUGUCACGGCGGACGCAAACUACUCGACGGACUACUUCCAAGCUCUGAUCCCGGACUUCGAAAACUACACCUAUCCAGUGAAUCCAAUAGUCACAUCGGACCAAAUUCGCUGUUCUAUUAGGCACAUGUCAAGCGACGCUACACAUGCGGCUCUUGUCUACAGCUUUGCAGCUGUGACCAUCAACUUGACCAUGACCCAGCAGCAACACACUCAUAAACUAAGCAUCAACUUCAUCAACAGCAACGGGCUCGGGAUGCCAAUCAUGACUUCUGAACGCAUACAUGAUCUGAUGAACCAUGCUAUUCGUGCCAGAGCGCAAGCGACACCGGUCGACGCGUUAUCGGAGAGAAGUGUCUCGGAAGAUCUGAUCGAAAUCCGGAUCGCGACCUGCAUCUUCCUCGAGAUCUGCUGGAUGGCAUUCAAGAAGCCCGAGCAAGCUUUUUUGAUUCUCAGGGAGGCGAUUGCACUGGUUCAACUGCUACAUGUGGACAGAGGGCCUGGGACACUUACAGAAUCCGACUAUGGCCGGCGGCAAAGAAUAUACUGGGAAGCGUACAUACACGAGCGAUUUCUGACCAUAACGAAUUAUUUUCCACCCAUUCUUCGUCCUCUGAGAAAUGCGAAAAGUACAACGGAUCAUUCCAUUCCUAUCAACAUCGACUUAGGCUUCAAACGGUUGAUCAAGCUGUUUCUCAUUCUCGACGAUGAUCUCCUUGCCAGCUGGAUGGCUCAGAACGACAACGCUGCUGACCCACUAAACGACGACAGACUUGAAAAUGGCGGCAUCACAGUCGAUUGGAUUGAACAGAAACAGCAGCAGCUGGACGACGAAGAGGCCGAGGUUGAGGCAGAGCAGCGUUGCCUGCAGGGGACUCCGGCCGCCCUUACGGAACUGCAACUUGCGGAUCUAUUCAUCACGCGCGCGUGGAUGCGGACGAUCGUUUGGCAAAUCGCCAUGUCGGACUUCCUGCUUUGCAGCAAGCCACCAGGCUCGGAGAGACACGAGGCGCUCUCGCUCUUCUUCCCUGCCCAUCGCCUGUCCGCACAGCUGCGCAAGCUGGCGCAUUUUCAGGUGGAGACAAGCAUUGGCAAGCAUGGGAGCGGCAUCUUGCAGAAGAUUUUCGAGAUUGCCAACACUAUCGCCGAUGUUAUGACUUUGUUUCCUGUAGCUGGUGAGGGCCCGGCAGAGAUGAGCAAUGACCGCGCAGAAAGCACGAGGUUUGACCAGAGCCAGUCUUACCAGUGCAUGUCGGACUUUCUGCUCUUGGUCAAGGUCCUGCUGUCGUUCGAGAGAAUAGACAAGACGCAGCGAGAUAUCAUCCUCUCGAAAGUGGAGACUCUCAAAACGAUCUUUCCUGGAGUGGAUUUUGAGAACUCACCCCCAGUUUGGUGA